GCUAUCAGCUACAACUACUAGCACCAAGAACGGCCUAUCAGAGACAUCAUCAGCACCCAAUCUCUUCAGUUACUAAGCCGUCGCCUAAAAUUUUACAUAUAUAUAAAUAACUUACUAGUCAUCAAAGAACUGGCAGGGGACUUAUCUGCCAUAAUUUAAAUUUAUUUUUAUUAUUGUGCCGGAUGUAAGCUACUAUAAUAAUUUAAUAACACAGUUAUCUGUGCAUAAUAUAAAAUUAUAUAUGUAUUUCCGGCUUUACAGAUUAUAAAUACACGGCUGGCCGCAUUAAUAGUUCUUAAUAAUUUCGUAAUUCAAUAUGACGGAUAUUGUUGUUUUGAUUCUAUUUGUUAGCGUUCUAUUUACAAUUUCCAUACAAGAAAGAAGGAAUUCCAUGGGAAAGAGAAUACAGUAUUUCAGCACAGAGAGGCCUUCUAUUCUAUACUCCGACCCCCACUAUUUACCCUAUGUAAACCUGACAUCUCAACGCUACAGCCGCAAGGAUCCAUUUUACUAUGUCGAUUUACAUUUUCAUCUGGCCGUACCAUUUGGACACAACACUACAGUGCACUUCUAUUUCUACGAGUUCCUCACCAACCAAUACAAACGUGGCUUCAUCGAGAUGCACAUGACGUUUUGUGAUCUAGUACACAAGGAUUUGUUCUUCGGUGCAGCAAUGAGGAAGCAUUUGCCGCCAAGCUGUCCUAUACCCUCGGGGCCUCACCACCUGUACAAUAUGACGAUCCCUAUAGAACAAGUGCCGAAGGGUUUUCCAUUCACAAAGGGUCGAAUCUACUGCAACAUUACAGAGAAUAUUAGAAAUAAAAUUAUAGUGGCCGGAUAUAUUGACAUGGAAUUGAAAUACGCAAGAAUAUAAAUAUUUAUUAUACAUUCACAUAUUAUUAAUAAUAAUUUGUCAAUUUUAAUCGUAA